UGGGCGGGGCGGCCCGCUGUGCCGGUUCCUGUGUCCGGCGGACGAUGCCGUCCGGCGGCUGGCGCUGGCUGCGCGGCCUUUGGGCUGCCGGUCAGCCCCUGUUCCAAGGUCGUGCCUUGCUCGUCACUAACACCCUGGGAUGCGGCGUUCUCAUGGCGGCCGGGGAUGGGGCGCGCCAGUCCUGGGAGAUUCGCGCCCGGCCCGGCCAGAAGUUCGACCCACGGCGCUCAGUGAGCAUGUUUGCUGUCGGCUGUAGCAUGGGCCCCUUCCUGCACUAUUGGUAUCUCUGGCUGGACCGCCUGCUCCCUGCAUCCGGCUUCCCUGGCCUCCCAAACGUCCUCAAGAAGGUCCUCAUUGACCAACUGGUGGCCUCUCCUAUGCUUGGCGUCUGGUACUUCUUGGGCCUUGGCUGCCUGGAGGGCCAGACCCUGGACGACAGCUGUCAGGAGCUGCGGGACAAGUUCUGGGAAUUCUACAAGGCUGACUGGUGCGUAUGGCCUGCUGCGCAGCUGGUGAAUUUCCUAUUCGUGCCCCCCCAGUUCCGAGUCACCUACAUCAACGGCCUGACGCUAGGGUGGGACACCUACCUCUCCUACCUGAAAUACCGGAUCCCAGGCCCCCUGACACCCCCAGGCUGUGUGGCCCUGGGCACCAUGCAGACUGAGCCCCCAGAUGCCAGACAGCAAGGCAAGACUAACUGAGCCUCCGCCAACCAGCCACCUGGGCAGGAAGGGGAACUGACUCCUAGGCCAAGUCCUAGCCACACCCUGACUCCUGGGCAUCUGCUUGGGCUGCCCCUGCCAAGCCCACUGCCAGGCCUCAGUUCCUCCCUCUGGAACACAACCAUGAAGAUGGACAGUUGUACCUCAGCCUUUCUGGGACAGCUUCAAUUGACUCAUGAUGGGCCAUCCUCAGCUCUGGGUCUCAGCCAGCCAGCUAGCACCAAGCCCUCAACACUACUGUAGGCUGGGCGCUGGGACCAAGGUGGGGGAUAUCACCCAUCCCUUUGGAGCCGGGCCCCAGAAUUCGGAGCCUCCAGUCUCAUCCUCUAGUCACGGACUGUGGAAGUACCAUUAAAUUCUCUUGGUAAUUGAAAA